AUGCGCAGGACUGCUGGGCUGGACACAACAACGACAGCACCACAAAUGACUACUCAACUAUCAGCUACCAGUCCAUUCGACUUCAAUUCACCAGCCAUCAUCCUGAUUUUUAUUCUCAUUAUAACUCUACUCGCUACAUUGAUCGUAUUCUCGAUAACAGUUAUUGGCAUUUAUUUUCUCGGUCAUUGCCGAAACACCGAUCGAUCAGCACAUUACACGCCAAAGUCAACUCAAACCAGACGGUUGCCGCAACAAGAAGACCAAGACAAAAUUGAUCUGUCGCCGGUAAUCCGCCCGGCACCAGACCGAGUACCCGGAUUCGAUCGUCCAACAUUCGACAGAAAUCAAAAUCUUCCCCAGCAGCAGGUACUUGACAACCCACAUAUCCCACCCUCGCCAUAUUACUACCAAUGCGUAUGA